AUGGACACCAAGGAGCACACCGCUGAUACUCACGAUCAUGAAGAGGACCAGAAGAGGAACAACUCGGUCUACACCGAGAAGGCCGACCUCUACGACUUCAAGGCUGGUGCCAUCGAGGCCGAGAAUGCCGAGCACAACAUGACAGUCCUGGGGGCCGUGAGGGCGUACCCAUGGGCUUCUUUCUGGGCAUUCGUUAUGUCCUGCUGCAUUAUUAUGGAGUCUUACGAUGUCUUCCUCAUCGGUAACUUCGUCGCUCUUCCUGCUUUCGUCGAGAAAUUCGGUGUUAUCAAUCCCGCAACUGGUCUCAAGGUCAUCGCUUUCAAGUGGCAGUCCUCCCUCCAGGUCUCUGGCCAGCUUGGGGCUCUGGUCGGUGUCUUCUUGGCCGGUCCCUUGACCAGCAGAAUUGGUUACCGAUAUGCCACCAUCACCGGUCUCAUGCUCCUGAACUGCUUCAUCUUCAUCUUCUUUUUCGCACAGAGCAUGCCGGUUAUUUUUGCCGCUCAGAUCAUGGAGGGCAUUCCAUGGGGGAUCUUCAUUGCCAACGCUCCGGCCUACUGCUCUGAGAUCGUGCCGAUCCAACUUCGUGCACCUGCGACUCAGAUGUUGCAGAUGUUCUGGGCUAUUGGCAGCAUUAUCGUUGGUGGUGUCACAUACGCCACUGAGGGCGUCAGCAGCUCGAGCGCAUACAGAAUUCCCAUCGCUCUUCAAUGGAUGUUCCCUACUCCACUCGCCAUCCUCAUGUUCCUCGCUCCCGAGUCUCCUUGGUGGUUGGUACGCAAGGGCAAAUUCGAGCAAGCCGCCAAGUCUGUCAAGCGUCUUGGGAGCGGUACGGACCCAACCGAGACCGUCGCCAUGAUGCGUCGUGUCAUCGAGCUGGAGAAGAACGACAAAGAGCCGAAUCACUUGGAGCUGUUUAAGGGUACAGAUCUUUACCGUACCCUGAUCGUCUGUGGUGUCUACGCUGCGCAAAAUCUUACUGGUAACUUGAUCGCCAACCAGGCCGUCUACUUCUUCACGCAGGCCGGUCUGGACGGCCACACUGCUUUCGCCCUGGGUCUGAUCACCUCUGCCCUUCAGUGGGUCUUCGUCAUGCUCUCGUGGAUUUUGACGACUUAUUACGGUCGCCGCGCUAUCUACCUUUGGGGCUCAGCGGUAAAUACCAUCCUCCUGUUCGCUCUCGGCAUCGCCGGUGCUGUCAGCAAAAAGGGUGCCCACUCUGGCAAUCUCGCACAGGCAGCUCUGGGUCUGAUCAUCUCCGUCGGCUUCACCCUUGGUCCAGCUCCUGCCUCCUGGGUCAUUAUCGGUGAGACUUCUGCCAUCCGUCUCAGGCCUUUGACCACUGGUACCGGUCGUGCUGUCUACUACAUUGUGGAGUUCCCUUGCAUCUUCCUCGCCUCCUACAUGUUGAACCCUACCGGCGGUGACCUUGGUGGCAAGUGCGGUUUCGUCUGGGGCGCUACCGGCCUUUGCUGCUUGAUCACGGCAUACUUCUUUCUUCCUGAGAUGAAAGGCCGAUCGUACCGCGAGAUCGACAUUCUAUUCAAGCGCAAGGUCCCAGCCCGCCAAUGGAAGAAGACUGUGAUCGAUGUCAACGAUGAUGAGUAG